GAGAUCAUGAAUGUUGGAUAUCAAGAAAUUCUUGUGGAAAAUGCACUCGUAAGUUUUUUCAAGAACAACCUUCGAAUUGGAAAAGUGGUAAUUCAGAAAUUGAUAAAAUAAUUCGAGAAUCUCAGGAAAGUAGAAAUAAUAUACACAAAACUCUAGAAUGGAUACCAUUUGAACAAUUUUAUGACAUAAGAGAAAUAGACAAAGGUGCAUUCAGCAUAGUGUACUUAGCAUAUUGGAUGGACGGGCCAUUGCUUAUGAAAGCUUUUCCAGAUGAGCUUAAAAAAUCACAAGAGAUUUCAGUAGAAUUCAUUAACGAAUUAAAAGUUCACCAUAAACUUUAUUGUGAAGAUUUAAAUUCGAAG